AAUAUAUGAAUAAAGAUACUACGUUUUUUAAUUUUUGUACGGUAUCAAAUAUCGUAUUUAUAAUCGCAUGCAUUUUGAAGCGUUUUAGCGCUGUGGCUGUAGUAACGACAAAUGACCGCGGGAGUCGCUGUUGCACCGAACGCCCUCUGAUGAACUGACACAAGACAAACAAAAGCGUCAGUGUGGAAGAAAACCACAGCGGAUACAAAAUACAAAAUACUUUUUUGUGCAUGCAAAGGAGAAAGGAAAAUCUGAUAUGGAGACUCAGAUGCGGCAGCGGGUUUUUACCGGGGUGGUCACUCAGAUGCAGGAGCAUCAUGGGAUUGUUGAUCAGGAGGUUCAUUUCCCAGUGAGUGUUGUGGUGGGUCGCGUCCCGGUGGUGGGGGAAAAGGUCCUGGUAAAGGCAGUUCAGGACCCCUUGAAAUCCAUAAACUGGAUGGCUCAGAGGGUCCAGACCCUCAACGGACAGCCCUUUAAAUCUCCUCCUCCACUGCUGCCGUCCAUGUCUACAAACACGAAGCCUGGAAUUUUAGGAAAUAAACCACAACCACUGUUGAAAUCUCCUAAGAUCCCACCACUGAUUCCCAGCAUGCAGCCAAAUCCAGGUGGUAUGAUCCAGAUGCCCCAUCAUCAGCAGAUGCCGUGGAACGGUCCAUUUGAAGGUUGGGGCGGGGGGAGAAAGAGACAUUUAGAGGUCAUGGGUGGACGGAGAGGUGGACGCUGGGAGGACAGCAGCGGAGGUUCGUGGGGAGGAGACCCCGUCCACCAAAAGAGGAAAAGAUGGAGGGCCGUCUCAGAGGAUGAAGUGCCAAAAAAGAGCGCGUCGAUAAACAUACACAGCAGGCCUCUCUUCUCCUGCUUCUCCAGGGACACCCAAUCCUGUGACCCUCUGGAGCUGCAGCGGAGGUACCCACACCUGCAGAGGCCCUCAGACCUCUUCCACCUUCAGUUGUCCUGGACCGAGAGUUUCCCUCCCAACCAUCCUCUGCGUCUGAGGGGUCCGUGUCUGUUUCACGCGGGGUCACACAAGCCUGAGACUGCAGCAACUGUCAGCGAGUCCACAGAUUCCACAUUCACCGUGAGGGUUCUGUUACUUUCAACGCCGUGUCUUGAGGACUUUUAUUCACUGUGUUGUAAUCUCUCAAAGGACGGUCAGAGGCAGAAGGAUGCUGUUCACCCCACAACACUGUUUAAGUUUAUGGUGAUAGACAUCGGAGGGGAACUUCAUCUCCCGGGGGGUUCCUGGUCAUCCAGUACUGAUGGAGCAGAGCCUGUGAAGGACAGUCAGACUCUGAUCAACACUGCCGUCCGUUGUGUGAAGCAUCAGACAGACGUGGACCUCUCAGCCUGCACACAGUGGCAUCGGAUGGCUGAGCUCAAAUAUCUGUCUGAAGGAAAAACAGAGACGGUCGUGGUGUUUUUGCCAGAUGUGUGGAGUCUGAUACCAACAGAGACAGAGUGGACACAUUUACGGCAUGAACAGCAGAAUGCUGAAUCGACACCUCCCGAGGUUCCGUCUUUGGUUUUUAAUCCAGCUGCUGGUGUGAAUCUGUCUGUCGUGUGUCUGUCAUCACUGUUGGAAUUGCAAAGCACUCAGACGAGAGACAGCUGUGAGGUGAGUCUAAUGGCGGAGAUGUUCAGCGAGAUGCUGCAGAGGGAUUUUGGUCUUCAGCUGUAUCAGUGUCUCUGCAGUCUGCCGCAGGGUCCUAGUGUCUCCCCCUCCUGCCACAAAGAAGACAACAGCACGUCUGUGGAGGACAAGGCAGAAAAAACUGAACAGCAGCUUGCGAAAAAGAAAGCAACUGAUGCUAUAAAGAGGAGAGUUAAAGAGACUGAUGAGCAGGAAGACACAGAUGGGAUUUCAGCGAAGGAGAAGACUGAGCCAGCUGAGAAACCAUUGGAUCAUGUGAAAGAGAGUCAAACUCAAACUGGAGGAGGAGACGCUCAGAGCAGCAUGACAUCGGACAAUCAGACGUCUAAAGACAACGAACGUCCACCAGGUUGGACCGCUGAACUUCCUCGUAAAGUUCUUUUGUCAUGGACGUUCUUUGACCGGCAGCUGACAGGAAGUGUCAGAGAGCAAGACCUCCUCAACAUCCUGCUCUCUCUUGGCCUGUGUAUCAGUCCUGCUCAGGCGCUAGAUCUGGUCAGGAAGACAACGGUCAACGGAAUUUGUGUCUACAGAAACCUGUGCAGUCGCUGGACAGACACUGAUCACGCAGAUGAUGUCAUCAUUGCUGAAGGGAAUAAAGCGCUGUUGCCCGUACAGCCCGGCAAAGAGAAAGCCUCCGCCCGCCGCUCUUCUCCCAAUCAUAAAACGGAUGUAGUGAACUACAAAGGGAACGUCAUCAACAUACCGAAUCUGCUGCGGAGCUUGGAGAGCAGCAGAACAGCCCAACAUGAACUAGAGAAACAGAUCGCCGCGUUACAGUCCAGACUGGAGGCAGCAGAGGCGAUAGACUCCUCUAGUCAGCAGGAUAUGAGCCAACAUGAAGAGCUGAAGAGGAAUUUACAGAAAGCCGAGACGCUUAACAAAACAUACGAGAGGAGUUUGAGAGAGAAUACGAGCAAGAUGAUGUCUGUCAUUGAGAAGAUGCAGAAAAUGGUUGAACAGACAGCAGCCCUCACAGAUGCAGAGGAUGUCAAAGAAAAGAUGUAGAAACUGGAAAACGGCUUCAAUUGCAAUGCAAUCGUGUUUGGAUCAAUGAGAAGACAUGUGAAAUAAAUGAACGUGUGUAGUGUCUCUUUUUGUUUAUUCGCUUGAAGAAAAAUAUCAGGUUGUUAAUGUUUUCCUUCACAUUGAUAUCCAAAUUAGACCCUAAAGUUUCAUCGUGAGGUGUGAACAUUAAUUUUUUUUUGAAAGCAUAGUGCUUUGAUUGUUUAUUUUAGAUGCCCCUGCAUUGACACAAAAUGUGGGAUUUUAUUCAAAAUGAUUUGGCUUUAUUUAUUUAGAUGUAUUUACAUGCAUUGUGUUUUAUUUUGUUAAUAUGGCAGGCUUGGCAGCUAUGAAAAUGUGAUCCUCCACUAAACUGACAAUCUCAUAAAUAGAAAUAGUAUGUAGGAAAUGCUUCCUGUAAAUGCACCCGCGGUCACGUCCAAAAUUGAUUCUAGAUAUAAAACUAAGCAUAUUAAAUAUCAACUUGUGUAGCUUUAUAAGAAAGCCGGUCCUCUUAUUGAGCGUUAAGAACAGUUUUUUUUUUAAAGAGAAAUACUUUUAGAAGCUUUCCAGUUUGUAUAGUAUAGUAUUAAGUCUAGACUAAACUAUACUCAUGCAGAAGUUCAUAUUUCAUGAAAUACUGUCUGAAAUGUAAGCAGUUUGAUGCAGAGCUCCGCCCAAAACUGUUUUUAGUGUGCUGCAGUUGUCAGUAGGCUUUCAAAUAGUAAGAUGUUAUUGGUAAAACUAUUAAAUGUUACUGUCUUUUCCUCAGGGACUAUUUAUGUUUUUUAUUUGCCUGUUUCUGAAGAAUUGAAUAAGAUUUAGCUGUCUUCCAGGAUCUAAACAAACUCGUAAACAAAUAAGUGUUAAAUGAGUCGACAACACAGAUUAUUUCCCAUGUUUUAUUAUUUUAUUUUUAUCCAAUAGAAAUGUCACAUUUACAUGGUACAAGUCUGAAAAUGUAUUUGUCACACUUAUAAUCGGUCCCAAUAGAAAUAAAAAAGUGUACUAAAAUGUUAGUAAUAAUAAAGGUGCUUCUGUCUGU